UUAAAUUACAAAAUAUUUUUCCUCAAGCUUUCAUUUUAAUCCGUCAACUUACUUUCCGAGAAUUUUCCACCGUUUUUUUUUUAAUUUUUAUUAAAGAAAACAAGUUGUAUACAGAAUCACAGAAACUAAAUAAAAAUUGGGAAAAAAAACAGAAUAUGAUGAAAAAAAUUUCCAAAAUAGCCCUAAGCGUAUCAAUUGGAGCAUCAUGUUAUUUAACUGGAACAUAUAUUGAAAAACAUAGAAUCAUUUCCGAAUUAAAAAAUGUAUACCCUGAUAUCGAAAAUUACCAAAGAUAUAGAAAAUAUCCAAUAUUCCCACAAGUGUACGCUGCAACCGCAAUUGCCCCUUACAACCAAUCAGCAAAUAGUGUUGUUUCAUUAGGAGAACGUACACGACAAAUAAUGAAAUAUGGAUAUCCUAGUAUGGAUCCAGAAACGGUAAAAUCACAAGAAGAUUAUGUACUCUGCUAUGAUCGACGAAAUCGCGUGGCACAUUGGGUAUUAGAACAUUUAACUAAAGAGUCUAUUCAACAUAACGAUGAAGUGGACCGAUCGAAAUGCAACUUUACGGUGGAUGAACGAAUUCAUCCAUAUUUUAGAUCAGAGAAUUCCGAUUAUAAAAAAUCGAGUUACGAUAGAGGACAUUUAGCGGCUGCUGGUAACCAUCGCAAAAGCCAAAAACAUUGCGAAGAAACGUUUUUAUUAUCCAAUAUGGCACCACAAGUUGGUAAAGGCUUUAAUCGAGACUCAUGGAAUCGUUUAGAAAAAUAUGUACGAAAGCUAACAAAAGUCUAUCCCAAUGUUUAUGUUUGUACUGGACCAUUAUAUUUACCAAAACGUGAAGCUGAUGGAAAAUCAUAUGUUAAGUAUGAAGUAAUUGGAGCAAAUAAUGUAGCAGUUCCAACACAUUUUUUUAAGGUUGUUGUUGGUGAAACGAAUAAUGGAGUGUUAGAAAUGGAAGCGUAUGUUAUGCCCAACGAACCUAUUCCUGAUACAACUCCAUUAACAAUGUUCCAGGUUCCUCCAGAAUCCAUAGAACGAGCAGCUGGCUUAUUAUUGUUUAAUAAAGUGACAAAAGAUAAAUUUUUAAAAAUUAACGGAAAACAAAGAUAACAUAAAUUAUUGUCUUAAUUAAAUUUACAAUUAGAUAAUUUUGUUUUAUAAGUUGUUUA